GUAAUCUCAUUUACCGAUGUCCGAUUAAAAUAAUAUUUACUUAUAAACGAUAAAUUACGAGUAAUAGUUGGAACGUAAGUAGCAAAGAACGAGAAAAUUUCGGAUCGAAGGGAAUCGAAUGAAAGAGACAAGGAUCGAGAAUCGCUAAAAAUCGGUUGGCCCUUUAAAUUUUCGUGUCGUGCAAGCUGAACCGACGAACAAGUAAAUUGAUAGAGGGUUAAUUCGGGGGAGAGUCGUUGUCUCGGAUGAAACAUGCACGUCGUUGUCUCGGAUGAAACACGCACACGCACGAGUGAAAGAACCUACGAUCAGUUUGUACACGUUCCAAAGGAAUCGAGGAAUCUGUCAGAACCCUUUGAUCCGCUCUUUGUUGCAGCGUUCCGGCUGUCAACAUCGAUACGUCGAACGCAGCUGCUCAGGCAAUACGCGUUGACGUCUGUUCAAACAGCCAGAUUCCGAUGUACUUAAGUCUUAACCUACUGCUACUCGCAAUGUAUUUAUAACGAACACGUGUUUUUCGAAAUCGUUGACAAACACCGCGACUUAAUUAACCGAUCGAACGAUCGGCUCUUCAAGGAAGUUGAAGCAGCACGGUUCAAAGCUGAACAACGUACCGUGGAUCGUUCGUAAUCAAGUUGCAUAAUAGCAGCAUGCUGAAACAGACGCGAACUGAAACUGACGCCUGUAAACGAAACAAUCGCAAUACCUAUCCACGAAGAACUCCUUGAAAUGUCUCAACGUCUCCGAGAUUGACUUCGUCACCGUGACGCGAGAUCGAUUUAACAGUUUUGCUCUUUACGCGAUACCUUUCAUUGUUUCACUGACUAUAAACCGUGUUUCCGAUGUUUUGUAAAUUGGUCGUCCAUCGAAUGUCGUGCGAUGCUUCCUGGUUCGUAUCGACCGGAAUAUUUCGAUCAAGCGGUGCGUCGAAAGGUCGCAGCAAGUGAAUGCUACGUACGAGUAGAGAAGCGUGAUCGCAUGGAUCGAAUGGAUUGAAGUCAUUUCAUGGGAUAUCGAAAUAAUGUCAAACUGAUAUCGGCCGAAUUUUACGGAUGAUAGACCGUAACCGUCGAAGUGGAAAUAGUAGCGUCGUAUGAAGCAGCAUCGUACGAGUCCUUGCUGAACGAUCCUUAAGCAGAUACUCCACGGAUCGAUAGAAUCCACCACCAUGAAUAUCUCAUGGUACGAUGAAACUGAAGUAAUAGAAAAUAUUUGGCAACCUACGUUGAACAACACGUCAACGAUAUCCCCGUCCUAUGCAAAUGGCUCGAUAUACGACGAUUUUGAUGGAAAAUACGAAGUUCCAACCGCCAUACUCGUUGUCCUCAGCAUAUCUUACGGUACGAUAUCGUUUCUGGCAGUAGUGGGAAAUUCUCUUGUUAUGUGGAUAAUCGCUACAUCCAGGCGUAUGCAAAACGUAACGAACUUUUUCAUAGCGAACCUGGCACUGGCGGACAUUGUUAUCGGUUUGUUCGCGAUUCCAUUUCAGUUUCAAGCAGCCCUGUUGCAAAGAUGGCUCCUACCACAUUUUAUGUGCGCAUUUUGUCCUUUCGUGCAAAUCCUUUCUGUCAAUGUCUCGGUUUUCACGUUAACGGCGAUCGCGAUCGAUCGACAUCGAGCGAUUUUAAAACCACUCAGCGCGAGACCAAGCAAACUGACCGCCAAGAUUAUAAUCGCUGGAAUUUGGUUUCUCGCCUGUAGCUUGGCUACACCAAUGGCAAUUGCACGUAGGGUUACUAUGGUACGAGAAAAUUCUAUAAAUGGCGGAGAUCGCUACAAACCGUUCUGCAUACACGUAAAUCUAUCCACAAAAUCCAUGUUUAUUUACUCAGGAUUAUUGGUAUUUUUGCAAUAUGUCACGCCUCUUUCGAUUAUUUCCUGCGUGUAUGCAAGAAUAGCGUUAAAACUCUGGGGAAAUAAGGCUCCGGGAAAUGCGGAGGAUUCCCGGGACGCGAAUCUAAUGAAGAAUAAAAUAAAGGUAAUCAAAAUGUUGAUCAUAGUAGUAGCACUUUUCGCAAUUUGCUGGCUACCGCUUCAAACCUAUAACACUUUCCAAUAUUUUUAUUCAGAGAUAAACAAUUACAAAUAUAUCCAUUACAUAUGGUUCUUUUUCGAUUGGCUGGCCAUGUCAAAUAGCUGCUACAAUCCAUUUAUUUAUGGAAUAUAUAACGAAAAAUUUAGAAGGGAAUUUCAACAGAGAUGUCCUUUUAAAUCGCGAAAAUGGUCAACCAAUCCGCCAAUCGAUACCACGGAUACGGAUAAAACACAAAGUACAAGAACUUCCAUAAGAUACGAAUGGAGGCGUACAAUCUCCAAUACUUAUCCAACUGUAUCAUCGUUUCAUAAAGCUAUGUCAGCGAGAGACUCGACUCAGUCGUUUAUCGAUGAUCACCAAAAGAACGUACGAAACAAAAAGGGGAUUAAUUACUAUUUUCGUGGUGAGAACCACUGUUCGCACAAAAACGAGGAACUGUACGUUUUUUCAUCUGGAAGACACAAACACACUCAAGACCUCGACACGGAAGAAUUAUGUCUAUAACGUAGAAAAUUUAACGAAUUGCUUAUCGAUUAAUUUAAAUAGUAUUAACGACGAGAUGUAUUUUGUUCAAAGUGCAAGAUUUGCACGAUUCAUUUGCAUAUGUAAUAUGCAAACAAAGGUAAACCAAUAGAUGUAACAAGGUAAUAGUUCUAUUAACUGAUACUAAUAGGGGAUAAUUUUCCCACAUAUGUUAUAGUAACUUGUGAGACAAACGUCUACUUAAUCGCGUUUUCUUUUCUGUUCUUCUAAUCGUUGCUCAAGUUUUUCUACGACUUAAAUGUGAUAAACAUUUGUCUAGCAUUUACUAGAUUCCUAAUGUGUACAUAAGUACAUAUAUAUGUGCGCGUACACAAAUAUUAAUGCACCUUUUUAUUUUCUUUAUAUUUAACGAAUAACAAUUUCUCAGUGAACUACUAUGCCGUAAAAAUAUUCUUGAAAAAUUCUAAAAUCUUAAUAGAAAUAUUUAGUUGUAACGAAUAUGCAACGGUGAAUAUUUUAAAAAUAAUUAGGAUAAUUGAAGAAAUAUUUUAUUUCCUCCUGAUUAAUUUUUUUUUUAGGAUCACAGUUAUUAAACUUUAUGAAAAAGUUCCAUACAAUAUGUAAGGCUGUGAAACAUUUAUUAGAGUAACGUCUUUUUGUUACUGUUCAUUACUAUAAGUUUAAGCGUUUUUUAUAUGUAAAAAUGAAACUUUCUCGCAACGAUAAUAAAAUGCUAAAUAUGUUUUGAUUGAAUGAUAAUUUACAUUUAAGUUGAUAAUUGGAAAAAGUAUUCAAAAGUAUUAAACAUAAACAUUAUCUUUAAAACUUUUAAAUAGAUACUUUGAAAAGAUAUUAAAAUUACAUUUAAGAUGAUUAUUAAAAAAUCUUGUUGUAAUAACAAUUAGCUAUAUCUUUGACUAAUAAUUCUAAUUUCCAUCUCACCACAGAUUAAAGAUAUAUGACAUGUCCUUCAACAAAUUACUAUUUCAUUAGUACAUACAUACAUAUUAUGUAAAAUUGUAGCAACAAACAGGGUAAUGAAGAGUUUAGUCUCUGAAGUUAUUUGUUUAAAUGAUCAUGUACAUAACGAUGAUAAAU